AUGAAGCGUCUCCUCCAGUACGUGGGCUGCUCCUGCGCCUUCUUCUCGGCGGGCUUCCUCAUUGCGGCCACCUGGACCGACUGCUGGAUGGUGAACACAGAUGACUCCCUGGAGCUGAGCGCCACGUGCCGUGGCCUGUGGUGGGAAUGUGUCACCAAUGCCUUCGAUGGGAUAACGACCUGCGAUGAAUAUGAUUCGAUAUUCGCCGAGCACCCAGUGAAGCUGGUCCUGACCCGGGUUCUGCUGAUCAUCGCUGACCUCCUGGCUGGGUUUGGAUUUGUGUUCCUCCUCCUGGGCCUUGACUGUGUGAAGUUCCUCCUGGAUGAACCAGGCAUCAAAAACCGCAUCUGCUUUGUCUCUGGGUUGGCGCUCUUAACAGGAGGUCUCCCCGGGCUCAUCGGCUCCAUCUGGUAUGCUGUCGGGGUCUACGUGGAGCGCUCCACCCUGGUCUUGCACAAUGUCUUUGUGGGCAUCCAGUAUAAAUUUGGCUGGUCAUGCUGGCUGGGACUCAGUGGCUCUUUGGGGUGCUUCCUAGCCGGGGCCUUCUUAACCUGCUGCGUGAGCCUCUUCCAAGACGCGAGCUCGGAGCGCGACCUCUAUCCUGGCGCUUUACAGAAGGUUUACCUGCCUCCCGCAGUGACCAUCCCGUACAAUCCGCCGUCCUUGCAGACCGCCACUUCCAAGAUGUACGCGAGGGACACGCGUGUGUGA